AUGGCGUUUCGCGGUACAGAAAGUUUCAUGGAUUUUGAAUGGCAAGGCCACGGUCCUCUUGAUCCCACCUCUCCCUACCACAAACGUGUUGUCGAGAUGCAGGCCAAAAAGCGAACUCAUAGCGAAUUCGGGUCCCCUGAGAAACCAGCAAUUCCAACGCUCCGCGAACCCAACAACCAGCCCUUUUUCUUCUCAGAUGCCCCGGCGCCGCCACCUGAGUCGUCCCCUUUUCGAAAUCCCUCGUUUACAACCCCGCGAAAACCAUUCGACAUCGACUUUUCAUCCCCUCCUGAGAAUUCCUCGCCCCUGGCAGCGACCGAGAAUGAGGACACCCCAGAUGUAACUCCGCUCCCCAUAGAGUUCAAAAGCAGCCCCUCAAAAACGGAGAACAAGCGAAACUCAUUGUUUGGGUUAUACGGCAGAUUUGCACCAAGUCCGGGAAGAGGAGAGAUCAGAAAGCCUACGAGUGAUGCUGUCGCGAGACGAAUCCACAAGAAGCGCCGGCGUGCUCAGCAAUUUGACAGACAACUGGUGGUCGGGAGAAAGGGUUCUUUAGACGAUAGUGACGAUGAGAGCGCCCCCAGUCCGACCGAACCAGAGCCUAAAAAGCCGCCCGUGGAAGAAGUAGGAUGGAUCACUGGCCUGUUCACCUUCAUCCACACGUAUCCUGACGCACCUUCUAUCAUCGCCAAGUACCUCCAGGUUUUCUUCAAUGCUGCAAUACUUGGUGGUUGUCUGUAUAUGUUUUGGGCAUUCUACGCUACCAUCCAGGCAGAUGUAGACCGCGCCAGCGAGGAUGCAAUGGCCGAAGUGCUAGCGGAAAUGGCGGCCUGCUCCAAGAACUUUAUCGAAAAUCGAUGUGCCGCCGACACUCGGCUACCAGCUCUGGAAGCUGUGUGCAGCAAUUGGGAGUUGUGCAUGAAGCGGGAUCCUAGUGCUGUGAAACGGGCGAGAUUGAGUGCACAUACAUUCGCCGAAAUCUUCAACAGCUUCGUCGAGCCCAUCAGCUUAAAAACCAUGAUCUUCACCAUCACACUGGUUGUGGUGGGCUUGGUGGUCAACAAUGCGACGUUUACCCUAUAUCGACGCCAGCAAGAGAACCAGAAUGUCUAUAGAGCACCCUCUGGAGCAUACGUGCAUCCACAGCAACAUCCUGCACACAUGGGGCAAUUUACACUUCCCCCGGCUGCAUCGUAUGCACAACAGCCUUAUGUGGGCUGGCACGGUGAUCCUGGCUUCGUCGGGCAGCAACAGUUGGAAUAUCCUCGGAGCCCCAGUAAAGAGCAUCGAGCACGAAGCAGAAGUCCAGAGAAGAAGAGAAUUCAACUCUGA